AUGGCUUUUGAAAAUAAAAAAGUUACAGUUGCUGAUGAAUUAGACGUUUUAGAUGAUGAUCUGCUUGACGAGGUUCUUGAUGAUUUUUCCUCACAACCUCCCACAAAAUCUUCAUCGCCUACCUUUUCCACAAUAAAUAAUAGUAUUCCAAGCAAUUUAUUGCCAAAACUAACAGAACUUACUUCAGACAUGGAUGAAGAAUAUGCAAAAAUUUUAGCAGCAGAAAUGGAAAAAUUGGUAGAUGAGGUGACAAAUAAAGAAUUAAAUGAAGAACUCAAAAGCACAUUACAAGGUUUUAUGAAAUCUGUUGGUGGAAUUAACAACUUAAAUGAUAUAGUAGAUUUUGAUGGUAAAAAUAGUAUUAUUGGUGAUGUUAGUGGUAACAAAAUACGAAAGUCACCAAAUGAAUCCAAAGGUGAUUCAUUUCAAGAUAAAAUUAAUCAAACUAUGAACAAAUUACAAAAUAGUUCUGAACAAGUUGAUGCUAGUAUUACAGAAGAAUCAACAGAUAUACUUAUGGAAGAAAUGUUAAAACAUUUGGAGAAUAUGGGUCUUACAGAAGAUAAUAUUGAUGGAAUGUGUGGAGGAAUGGAUAAAAUAAUGGAAUCAAUGAUGGGAACCUUGGCAUCUAAAGAAUAUUUAUAUGAACCAAUGAAAGAAUUCCACAAGAAGUAUUCAAAAUGGCUUAAUGAAAAAUAUGGCAAAGUAUCUCAGAUUGAUUAUGAAAAUUUCAAAAAACAAUCAGAUUGUAUUAAAAAAAUUAUUGAAGAAUAUGAAUCACCAGAUUUUGACAGUAAUAAUGAACAACAAAACAAAGUUAUAGUAAACUUGAUGCAAGAAUUACAAGAACUUGGGCAACCACCACCAGAAAUUAUUCAAGACUUUGCACCAGAUUUAUCGUUUGAUGAAAAUGGAUUACCUAAUCUAUCUAAUGCAGAUUUACCUUCCAAUUGUAAACCCAUAAAACCAACAAAAUUUAAAAGAGGACAAUCAACCAGGAUGUUUGAAGAAUUGGAAGAUGAAAGAGCUUCUGCUUAUGAAGACUUUAUGAAUAAAUACGCUCAAUCAUGGGUGAUUUUUACUGAUAAACAUAGGGAAAUGGAGAAAAUGGAGAGUGAGAUAAUGGAUUUAAAGCAGGAAAUUGAAAAGGCAUUAGCUGAAUAA